UUCAUGCUGGAAAACCCCCCAAUGUGACUGAAUCAAAACAAUUACCGUAUUUUUUUCGCUCCAUAAGACGCACCUAGUACAGGAGAUGACCAGAGACUGCAGACACAAUACAGGAGAUGACCAGAGACUGCGGACACAGUACAGGAGAUGACCAGAGACUGCAGACACAGUACAGGAGAUGACCAGAGACUGCAGACAGUACAGGAGAUGACCAGAGACUGCAGACAUAGUACAGGAGAUGACCAGAGACUGCAGACACAGUACAGGAGAUGACCAGAGACUGCGGACACAGUACAG